AUGCCAUCCCCUACCGAACAAACGUUGGAAUCCCGUCUGUUGGACUUGGAAUCCAAACUGGGAUUUGGUUUACCCACCGUCACCAAGAGCGACAUUGCUCAACGAUUGGAUAAGGUCCAAACUGCUGUCAACCAACAAACCACUGCUGCCUUUCGUGAAACUUGGAACGAAUCUCAAGCGCUCUUUAAGGAACUCGAUCCUGGUAUGGCCUUGACGCACCAACAACAGCCAUUACUUUAUCGAAGACAGGAAGUGUUGGCUUCCGCUGCUACUCUUGACAAGGAUAUGCAAGAAUUGAGCAAGAUUAUGCACUUGUUGCAACCACACACUGAAAAAGGAAAGGGGCUCCGGGAAGAUCAAGUCACCCAAGCACCCAUUUUGACUUCCUACCAAAUUACUCCCAGUGACGAACAACGUUUGGAUCAGGUUCGAUUGACCAUGGACGACUUGUCCAGGAGAUUGCAACAAGUCAUAGUCAGGACAGAUGCCAUGUUGGAAUCUUAUCAUACCAUCAUGGCGGUGGCUUCCGAGAAGGUUGUCAUGGCAGAUGAAACCAUCAAGGCAAAGGAACGAUCGUCAUAA